ACACGAAAAAUGCCCCUGACUGCCAGUGCCAUGGACUUUUUUCAACUCUUUGUCCCUGACAACGUACUAAAGAAUAUGGUGGUCCAAACCAACAUGUAUGCCAAGAAGUACCAGGAGAGGUUCGGUAGUGAUGAUGCCUGGAUUGAUGUCACCUUGACGGAAAUGAAGGCCUUCUUAGGCUACAUGAUAUCAACCAGCAUCCACCACUGUGAGUCCGUUCUCAGCAUCUGGAGCAGCGGUUUCUACAGCAACAAGAGCAUUGCACUUAUCAUGACACAAUCACGGUUUGAGAAGAUCCUGAAGUACUUCCACAUUGUGGCCUUCCGCUCAAGCCAGACAACACAUGGCCUCUACAAAAUCCAGCCUUUUCUGGACUCUCUGCAGAAUGGCUUUGACUCAGCUUUUAGACCUUCGCAAGCCCAGGUACUACAUGAGCCCCUGAUUGACGAGGAUCCCGUUUUCAUUGCCACGUGCACGGAGAGGGAGCUGCGCAAGAGGAAAAAGAGGAAAUUCAGUCUCUGGGUUCGGCAGUGCUCAUCCACUGGUUUCAUCUGCCAGAUUUAUGUCCAUCUCAAAGAAGGGAGUGGUGCUGAUGGGCUGGAUGCUUUGAAGAACAAACCACAGCUCCACAGUAUGGUGGCCAAAAGCCUUUGUCAGAACGCCUCUGGGAAGAACUACAUCAUCUUCACUGGCCCGAGCAUUACCAGCCUGAAUCUCUUCGAAGAAUUUGAGAAGCAAGAGAUCUACUGCUGUGGGUUGCUGAGUGCCAGGAAGAGUGACUGCACAGGCCUACCUCCAUCCAUGCUGAACAACCCUGAAACUCCCCAGUCCAGAGGACAGUACAGAAUAAGAAUGAAGGGAAACAUGUCCUUGAUCUGCUGGUACAAUAAAGGGCACUUUCGUUUUCUGACCAAUGCCUAUUCACCGCUUCAACAAGGAGUUAUAAUUAAGAGAAAAAGUGGAGAAAUUCCAUGCCCAUUGGCGGUUGAAGCAUUUGCUGCUCACCUUAGCUAUAUCUGCAAAUAUGAUGACAAAUACAGCAAGUAUUUCAUUUCUCACAAACCAAACAAGACCUGGCAACAAGUAUUCUGGUUUGCCAUCAGCAUCGCUAUAAACAAUGCCUACAUCCUCUACAAAAUGUCAGAGGCCUACCAUGUGACAAGGUAUAGCCGCGCACAGUUUGGUGAAAGACUUGUAAAGGAGCUCCUGGGCUUGGAAGACACCUCACCCUCCCAUUGAUGCAUUGUUCUUGGUGGCGUAGGCGGGGGGUGGAGGGUAAGCAGAAGAAGAUACCACACGUGGAACGGCAAAGCAAGGAACUUGUGACACCACCAGUGCUGUCCUUAUCCAAAAAUGCCAAGUGAUGCCGGUAGAGAGGUGGAAACUUUGUUCCUAGUAGCAGCUGGAUGUAAACAUGUCCUGCAGAACGUGCCACUGGAAAAGCUGACACAAAAUUGCAUAUGUGAAUGCCCUGUGGGAAUCUGUACGCCAGAAACAGACUUAAAUUAGUCAUCAUCUCAAUACUAUUGUUGAACAGGGUCAUGUUGUAAAGUUCCUCUUGGGCUAAGAGCUUGUCAUAAGCUGACAUGGCUCAGCAGUCCUAGGUGGGCAUUACAGAAAACUCUAUACCUUACUUGGAGUUAUUCAAUUCUGGGACAAGCAACGUAAGUCUGCACCAUGGGCUGUGAUUGAGAGUGCCUGCCAUCCUGUAAGGCAUCGCUGCUGUCCUCCCAGUGUGCUAAACAAAGCAGUUCAGAUACACGAACACUGAAGCAAGCGUACUGACAAACAAAACCUUCACAGGCAGGCAGCCAGGAACUGAGGACCAGUCAAGAUUUUUGCUUUCUGUCUUUUUUUUCUUUCUUUGUUUUUUUAAUUAAUGUAAUGUAAGACAAUUUGAUCCCAAUUAGAACACAGCCAAAUUAGGGGAAACCAAAUACAUUAGUGAAUUUAAAACAGAAAUACAUUACAUUGAUUUUCUUUUUUAACCAGGAUGAAACAUUUUAUACACAAACAAACAGUGAGUAAUACUGUAAGUAUUAACAGUGAGUAGAACCAGUAAGUAAUACUGCCUCGCAUCUUAACUGCCACAGUCAGUGUACAGGUGAGAAAUCAGAAUAUAACAAUUAUAUUUUUUCUUUAUUUCAACUGUAUUUUAAACGUUGCUUAAAAAUCUAAUGUAAUGGACUGUUAAGUUUUUAGGAACAACAAUUUCUUUCUUUUCUUUUGUAACUGUCAAGACCUUUUUGGUCCAUUUUAGAACUUAAUUUGGCACACAGUUGGCAGGAAAAAAAUAAGUCACUAAUAGCAGUAUGUUUCCCAUUAUCACUGCGGGCUGUUCUGUAGGAAUUCUUCUUGUUAGAAUUCAGGGCUUGUCACAGUAGCUGUAAUUAAGCAGAUGACAUGUUUAGCAAAAUAACAUAGCAUUGUGUUUUACAAAAAGAACGAAGUCCAGUUGCAACCAGACCUUAAACCUCACUAAAACAGAGCAAGCCCAAAGAGUUCUCCUGUUCUGAGUAACACUGUAGAGGACAACCAUCGUCAUGAACUGGUGCCCAUGGCUGAAACACUACAUUUUGGUGCUGGUGGAAUCUGAAGGCCGCUGAAGCUUUGGAAAAUAAUGCCGAGAGAGAGAGGUAUGAUUGAAACAAGGGAGAAUUGAUACUGAGGUAAAAUACUGCCCUGCCCUCUACACAUUACUGAUUUCAGUCCACAACUCGAUCAGCAAAAAACUCUGUGUUCUAAAGGUUAGCAGUGAUGGACACAAACAGAAUUGCAUUAACUUACAGGGCAGAAACGGUGUUGCUUAGAGGACCAGGUGGUUUUAGGUCCCCAAGCCUGAAAGGUUUUACCAAAGAAUGACUUGGGUUGAUUCAAGAGGAAGGGAGUGAUUGACUGAUUUCUUUAUCAGUGUAAACCUCACCAGGUUUGUAUCUAUGUAUCUAUCUGGCAAGAGACAAUAGAGGGUAACCAACAUGAAUUUGAGAACUCCCCAGAUUUCAUCACUAUGUGAUGUGCAAAUGCAUAGCAUGUAAAUCAUAACAGAGGAAGAAUCCAGCAAGGGUUAGUAAAUUACUGACUAGCCCAAAGAGCAUCCUUGCACUGACAUCUUUCUAUUUCCACCAAAG